AUGUCAGAAGGAGAACAAGAAAUUGUACCAUUCAAUAAAAUACAAGGAAUAGCGUCGACUAAUGUACCAGCAUAUUCUAAUGAAUCUGAUGAUUUCGUUUCUUUUGAAAGAUUCUAUGUUCAUGGAAUAUAUACUGGUUACAAAUGGCAAUGUGUUGAAUUUGCUCGUCGAUGGUUAUUAUUACGUAAAAGUUGUAUCUUUCAAAAUAUUGGAUUUGCUGCUGAUAUGUGGCAACAAUUGAAUUAUGUAGAACGUGUUACUGAUGCUAAAAAAUUUCAUUUAAAAAACCAUUCGAAUGGUUCACCACAUAAACCUCAAUGCGGUGCUUUACUUAUUUAUCCUAGCAAUGAAGAAGCACCACAUGGACAUGUUGCUGUUAUAUGUGAAGUUCAAGAAAACUUUAUUCGUAUAGUCGAACAAAAUUAUCAAUUUCAUUAUUGGUCAGGCGAUUAUGCUCGUCAAAUUCCCAUGAUAUAUCGAAAUGGUCUUUAUUAUAUUCAAGAUCAACACAAUGUUUAUGGAUGGAUGGAAAUUGAAAAUAAUAAUCAAUUAAAACCAUUAGAUGAAUCAAAUAUAAACUUCAUUCUUCCAAAAUAUCAACAACCAUCAUCAACUGGUGAAUUACAACGUUGUUGUAUUAUGAAUAAAACUUUUGAUAAUGAUUAUUUACAAAUCGAUGUUGAUAAUGGAAAAGAAAAUUUUCUUAGCCAAUCCGAUGACAAUGAUAUUUAUUAUUAUAAAGCAAAUGAAGAUUUCUUUGUAAAUAUUAGUAGUACAUCCAAUGAAUUGUAUCGAUUAUUUUUGCAAGUUACAGAUCAUAUUAUUCACAAUGAUGAAUUAUUAACACUUUUUGAAAUACCAAAUGAAUUCUGGUUUCGAAUUCGUAGAUCAUGGAUAGAUGAACAAGAUUUUGAUCUAAUAGAUCAUGUGAGUUUUAAUUUUGAUGGACAAAAUUUGAAGCUACAUCCAUAUGAAAGUAAUCAUGCGUUAACAAUUCUUCAAUCUGCUAUUGCACAAGAAAAACAAGCUCAAACAAUGAAUCUCAAUUAUGAUUUUAUGUCUAGUUUUCAAUUACAUCAUCUUUUAGUGAGACAGUGGAAAAGAUUAAAUAUAAAAACUAUUAUUCAUAUAUUAAUCGAUAAUAAUGAAGAAGAUUUAGAGACUAUUUCGUAUAUACAAAAGGUAAUGUCAGAAGCAGGUAUUAAUUCAAAAUUAUGUCUAUGGUCAAAUGAUCUCUAUUGGAAAGAUUCAAUGAUUGUUGAUAAAGACGGUGAAAUUGUUAAAACUGUUUGGAAAUUAUGGAAUUGGGAAACAAUUUUUCAAAACUUUACAGAUCAAUAUCGUAAUAAUACACAAGACAAUGAAUGGGAAUUAAUGAAUGACGAACGUUCAUAUAUAAGUGAUAUUUUAUUAAAUGAACAAAUCAGAAUUAUUGAACCUUUAUGGAAAUCAAUUACAAAUCAUAGUGCAUUUUUAUCCAUUCUAUAUGAAAUGUUUCCAAAUCAUCCUAAUAUUGUACAAGAUCAAUGGAUGUCAUCCGAACAUUCAGAACAUCUUCCCUGUGUCGAUCGGUCUACGAUAGAACACAGUAAAGGUAUUAUCAAAUCACAUGAUGCAAAAGAAAAUAUUAUUAUAAAUGAUGGUAUGGACGAAUAUUUGGAUUAUGAUUACAUUUCUCAAAAAAUAAUGUCAGGAAAAAGUUCUGAUGAAAUCAUUGUUAGUUUAAUGAUCCAUGGUUUAUGUUCUGGUCAUUGUAUAUGUGAAGAUCAAAAUGAUUUUACUAAUACAAAGAAUUCUAAAACAUGCUUUUGUAUAAUUUGA